AUGUACACGGUGCGGGCAGAGGUUCUGCUAGAGAUGAGGAUCGUGGUCUCGCACGAGACUCUGAAGGCACGAGGCGACAUUGUUGACUUCAACGAGAGGAUGGGCAGCGCAAUUUUCGUGUCACACCAGUGGGUUGCCAAGCAACAUCCCGACCCCGAGUUUGAGCAGAUGCCUGUGUUGCAAGAUGCCUUAAGGCACCUCCUCUACAACUCAGGAUCAGUGUCUGCAGACUGGGUAACAGAAAGCUUCGUGCCUACCGCUAAAGGUCUUCCACACAAGGAGUUCCAACAGAAGUCGCUCUUCAUUUGGUAUGACUACUUCUCUGUACCACAGUUGGAGGGCAGCGAUCAAGCGGCAAAUGACAGCGAUGGCAGCCAGCAGGCAAAAGCCAUUAACAGCAUCCCCGCCUAUGUAGCCAAGUGUCGCUUUUUCUUCGCGCUGUGUCCGACGAUCGAUUGCUCUGCGCGGGCGAGGGUUUUAAAUGUGACAAGCUGGAGUGAGCGCGGAUGGUGCAGGCUGGAGCGAGCAGCGCGCGAACUCUCCGCCCAUGACUCUUGGAUCCUCGUGCAAGGUUCGACUUCGCUUCGAAUGGUUGGCACAGUUUUGUCAUUUGGUUCUGGCCCAGUUGGUGAAGGCGAGUUUACAAUCGAGGACGAUCGGCUGAAGCUGGCACCUGUUAUGAAGCAGAUUGUGAACAUGAAGCUAGCCAUGUCCCUUCAGGCAGGGGACUUGCCUGCUUACCGACGGCACCUGAACCUGCAGACGCUUUACUUGACCGGUUUAGACACAGAUCAUGUAUGCAAUGUGGUCCCUAGCUCCGAGAAAACGUUCGCACCCGACUGCGACCACCCCGCGGCAGCCUUCCUCUACCAGAACGGCUUCCGCAGCACCGGCGAGAAGGACUCGGCAGGAUUUCGGCCGCUGCACUACGCCGCGAUGUCGGGCAGCCCGCAGGUUGUCGCAGGGCUGCUGGCGCGGCGGGCGAACCCCAACCGGCGGACCACGAAGGCCGAGCCAAAGCUGGGCUUUCCGCCCUGGAUGUCGGCCUUGGACAUGGCGAUCUUCUACAAGCACAAUGCUGCGGCCCAGCUUCUGAUAGGUGCUCGGGCCCAGCUGAGCGGGGGAACUGCGCCAGCCAUGAUCAUUGCUGCCACGUCAAACAACGUGGAUGGCAUCCGUCUGCUCCGUGCCAGUGGCGGGGAUCCUUUGGCCAA